GCCUCUCACUUAGGAGCUUCUUCUCCAUUCUGUCAACUCUUCCGGAACAUCCAAGGCAAGACUGGCACCCAGUGUGCGGCAGGAGCCAUGGAGUCCUUCAGCUCAAAGAGUCUGGCACUGCAAGCGGAGAAGAAGCUCCUGAGUAAGAUGGCAGGCCGGUCUGUGGCUCAUCUCUUCAUCGACGAGACGAGCAGUGAGGUGCUAGACGAGCUCUACCGGGUGUCUAAAGAGUACACACACAGCCGGCCCCAGGCCCAGCGGGUUAUCAAGGACCUCAUCAAAGUGGCUGUCAAGGUGGCCGUCCUGCACCGCAAUGGAAGUUUUGGCCCGAGUGAGUUGGACCUGGCUGAUCGCUUUCGCCAAAAGCUGCGGCAGGGCGCCAUGACAGCACUCAGCUUUGGAGAAGUGGACUUCACCUUCGAGGCGGCCGUGCUGGCUGGCCUGCUGACCGAGUGCCGGGACAUGCUGCUGGAGCUGGUACAGCGCCACCUCACACCCAAGUCACACAACCGCGUCCGCCACGUGUUCGAUCACUUCUCUGACCAGGGCCUGCUCACGGCCCUCUAUGGGCCUGCCUUCACUCAGCACCUUGGCAAGAUCUGUGAUGGGCUCAGGAAGCUGCUGGAUGAAGGGAAGCUCUGAGAGCCCUGACCCCAGCACAUCCACUUUGACGACACGGUUGGCUGAGAAAACAACACAUAAUGGGCUCUCUAACUCUGCUCAUCUGCACUAACACUUUUCACUCUUCAGGCUUCAGUCACCCCCAAGAGUGCUUUUGACUCUGAGACCACCUUACCCUAAAUGGCUGGUGGAGAAGAAGCAAUGCUGAGGGUUUAGGCUUCUCUCCUACCCCAACCCCAGGGCAGGAAACAAAGAAAGAUGAAGUGAAACUUGGAUCGCUUAUUCCUCCCGUAAGGGAUGUCCGAAACAGGGAAGCCCCUCUCCUAUGAACCAGGGGAAGAGGGCAGAGCCCAUUUAACUCCUCUGGGGACACUAAAGACAGGCGGGGGAAGGGACCCUUUGAGACAUCCUAGACCUCCAGCUCAAGGCAGAGCCAGGACAGACAGCAGAGCUCUGAUCCAGAGAACAGGAAGAGGGGGUGGCGGCAGGGGAAAUAAAACUACUAAAACAUG